GCGGUGACCGGCAGGAUUUUCCUGCCUGGUUGCCAAUUCUGAGCACAUGAACUCCCCUUUUAACGAUGAGGAUUCUACUCUGGAGGACAUCUUGAACCAGACCGUAGGGCUCGAAGUGGAGCCGUCCUCACCCAACCCGCCACCCCCAGAUCCAGAACCCUCUGAUGUGUCAUCUGAUGAAUUCCCUGAGGCACAGCUAAUGAGGGUAAGCAUUUUCUUCAAAGGCGGAAGCCAAGUGAAGCCCAGUGGCUUCAAAGGUUCUAGAAAAACGUCCAGAAAGCGUGUCCUUGGUGGGCCAGGUGCCCUCCUGUCCUCCAUUCGUCGCACAUCACCUGCAAUCAUACAAAGGCAGUCUGCUAGAGAAUUGGUUCUCUCUUCUCCCAACAAGUUAUCAGCUAAGAAAAUGCCAACCAUAGUCAGCGGGAAGAGACCGGACAGGCCUAGUCUCCUGCUUCGAUCUACACCUAGGAAGAAGGAGCCCCAGGAGAAGAAAUCUCGAGUUGGCUGUGUCUCAAAAAUUGUCCUGGGGAGAAAAUCCCAGGCCUGUAUCUCGGGAGGUCCCCCGGCACCAGCAACCUUCCCUCCAAUCUCUGGCCCUCCACCUCCACUGUUUGGGAUUAUUAAGAAUUAUCCCGUGGCCCCUUUGGGGUCCAAACAGCCCAAGCACAAUUCCAGGAAGAAAUCAGCAGUGAGUAGGCCGAGGGAGUCCGAACUGGUGGCCCAGGAAGAUACCAACGUAAAUAAAGAGGCUGCUCCUAUGGGCCAAAUUUCAACAAACAGGAGAGGGCCCAGACCUCGCCUGUCAGUGCAUUUUGGAGACUGCAUCGGUGGAGAGCCCAAGAUUAAAACCUUUCCAGUUCCUGGACAUGUACAGCUUUUGGCUAUAGCCCAAGAAGGAGUCAAGUCUAGAGUGACCCCACCCUCAGGUAACCAGGGGCCACUUCUCCAUUUACCACCGCAAGAAGAGAAGCCACCACCACCUGGAGCACAGGACUGCCCUCAAUGUCCUGUGCUCCAGAGAGAGAUCGAUGAACUGAAAAGCCAACUUGCCACCAUGCAGUCCCUCAUCAACAAAUUUCAACGAUUUUGAUGUAACACAGUUUGAUUAGUGUCAUCCAGAUACGUUGCAGGCUCAAGGCCCAGUUGAGGCACAAGAAUCAAUCAACAAACACAUGGAUGAAGUGAACAACAGAUCGAUU